AUGGGGAGCCCACCAGCCAAGAUGAAGUUUUGCCCCAUCCACAUGCUUUCUGUAAGAGUCAUACAAGCCAGGAACAUCAAAUCCAGAGACCUGCGGACAGUUCCACUUUCCUGCCAAAACCUUGCGGGGCAUUGUUAUUCACUGCUUGAUACCAGUCUGAAGUAUUUAGGCAUCUCGGGCUGCAGUAGAAAUCUUCAGUCAAGUCCAGACUCCAGCUCUGAAAGACAUCACCUUGGAGAUUUCCUUUCACACCGUUGUCCAGCUUCACAAAUGACUGCAUCAGACUGCUAUGUGCGCUUGUGGCUGCCGUCUGCUUCAAAGGGAAAGCUUCAGACCAAAACCAUCAAGAAUUCUGACAACCCAGUCUGGAAUGAGACAUUCUACUUUAGGAUCCAGAGAGAAGUUGAGAACAUUUUAGAGUUGGCAGUGUGUGAUGAAGAUCCACUCACCAAAGAUGACAUGCAGUUCACAGUUCUUUUUAAUGUUGCUAGAAUCAGACCCGGGGAGACAGUCCGUGAGACAUUUGCUUUGAAAUCAGAGAAAGAAGCAUGUGCUAAGAAGUGGGAAAGUUUGGAAGUAGAAUUCUGGAUGGAAAGGAUUCCUGGCCCUCCAGAGCAGCUCAUUACCAAUGAUGUCCUAGUGUCCCGUGAGGUUUGCUGCUUGGAGGUGCAAGUGGACAUUAAUGAAAGCAAGAAAUAUUUGAGAGAGGGUAAAAAUCUCGUGCUCUCGGUGCCUGCAUCUCAUGAGGGAACACAGAAAACCACCGAGGACAAAGAUACUUUCUACUUCCAUUGUGUGAAGGCUUGGGAACCAAUUCUGAAAGUCAGGCUGCAGAAAGUUUGUGAUAAGGAAGAUGACAACAGCAAUUUAAGUGACACCUUAACGGUGCCACUGAAAUUUCUCCCUGUCGGACAUAAAGUGAAAGUAACCCUCCCUGUAAGACAUAACGUGCCACUGCAGCUGUACCUCCAAUUAAAUGAUUGCACAGAAAAACUGGAUGUGCGCUUUGGGUAUGACCUGUGCCGGGAAGAGCAAGAAUUCUUGCUAAAAAGGAAGAGAGUGGUUGCCAAUGCCUUGAAAAGGGUUUUUCAUCUGGGAAGAGAUCUACAUGCACAUGAAGUCCCGGUAAUAGCUGUUAUGGCAACAGGUGGAGGACUCAGAGCAAUGUCAGCUAUGUUUGGCCACCUCUUAGCUCUUCAGAAGCUGAAUCUCUUGGACUGUGUUACCUAUGUCACUGGGGCUUCUGGCUCGACAUGGACCCUAGCAGACCUAUACGAGCAUGCCGACUGGUCACAGAGGUCUCUGGAGGGACCACUUAAGGCAGUAAAAGAACAAGUGACAAAAUGCAAGCUCAAUCUUAUGUCUAUAGAGCAUCUGAAGUAUUAUCACAAGGAAAUUGCUGAAAGGGCAAAAGCAGGACAUGUGUCAUCUUUUACAACAUUGUGGUCUCUAGUCCAGGAAAUGUUCCUACAUGAAAAGCCAAGAAAGUACAAACUCACAGACCAGCGCAAGGCUUUGGAGCAUGGACAAAACCCACUGCCUUUCUAUGCAGUCCUCAAUGUGAAAGGUGAAAAGUUUGGUACUUUCAAAUUUAGAGAGUGGGCAGAGUUCUCUCCUUAUGAGGUGGCCAUACCAAAAUACGGAACCUCCAUUCGCUCAGAAUAUUUUGACAGUGAGUUUUUCAUGGGGAGGAGAGUGAAGAAGCUGCCAGAAUCUCGGAUCUGCUAUCUGGAAGGUCUUUGGACAAACAUCUUCACUAGGAAUUUGCUGGAUGGCUUGUACUGGUCUUCAAAUUCAAAUGAAUUCUGGGAACGAUGGGCCAAAGAUAUGGUAGAUAUAGAAAAGCAUUCCCCUGAGGAAGAUAUCACUGUCAUCGAGCCUCCGACUUGCUUGUCAGGGAAGUUGUAUGAAAUGUUUCAGGACAUAAUGACCAAGCGUCCGCUGCUGGCAAAGUCUCAUAACUUCCUGAGAGGUUUAGAGUUUCACAAAGAUUAUAUCCAUCAGAGAAAAUUUGUGGAAUGGAAAGACACUGUGCUGGAUGGUUUCCCUAACAAUCUGACACCACUGCAGAAAUAUCUCUGCCUGAUAGAUGUUGGCUAUUUCAUCAACACCAGUGGUGCAGCACUUUUCAAACCAGAGAGGAACGUAGAUGUCAUUAUCUCACUUGAUUAUGGUUUGGGGAAUGUGUUCAAGCAAUUAGAGAUGACAUACAAAUACUGCAAGAUACAAAAGAUCCCAUUCCCCAAAGUGGAGCUAAGUGAAGAGGAUGAGAAGAACCCAAAGGAAUGUUACAUCUUUUCAGAUGCGGAGGACCCCAGAGCACCCAUAGUCAUCCAUUUCCCUCUGGUGAAUGACAGCUUUAAGGAAUACAAGGAGCCUGGGGUAAGACGCCAUCAUUCAGAGAUGGAAGAAGGCCAAGUAAAUCUGGAGAACAACUGCUCGCCCUACUACCUCAUUAGGCUAAUCUACUCCUCUGAAAACUUUGACAAACUUGUGAAUCUGAGCAAAUACAACAUCCUCAAUAACAGAGACCUGCUUCUCCGUGCAAUCUGGGAUGCUGUAGAACGGAAGAGAAGCAGCAGGACUGCGAGUUUCCCAAGCUACACCGGAGCUGGAUACCUCUAGGCUGGGAACAGUACCUCUGGUGCUGCUCCCCACCGAAAGCUGCAACAGUCACAUUCCAACACAUCACAGUCACACUACUACACAUCACAGUGUUCAUUAUUUGCAGGAAACCUGUACAUUUCUCAUCUUGCCUUGUGCCAAGUGCCUAGCUUUCAAAGAGGGUUAUUUAAUCUCCUUCCUCCAAGUUAUCAGACCAUGAGAGCCUCACACGGUAGUCUUACUUGUUAAGAAAUUAGGGUCCUGGUUAGCAGAGACCUUCCAGGACCUCCCUAGUAGACAUCCUAUAGCAUAUGGUGGUGGUGAUAGCGAUAGUUCUUUGUAUGCACCUGCCCCCUCAACCCUGAGCCCAUUGUCAGUGUCUUUUCAAUGCUUUGUUACAAACCCAGUUCUGGCCAUUUGCAUCCAGUAAUGUCCAGAUUUUCAGACGGGCUGAGCUAUGAGAACUUGCACUGAAUUGGUGGGCUCAGCUUUGAAGUCAGGUCAAAGAGUCAUAUAUAUCUGUGAACAAUGGCCAGACUGCAACAUGGACAAUUGCAUUGUCUGGCAGAGUCCCCUAGCUGAUGUAGAAAUCAUUCCUUUUUCCCCCCACUUCCCUGCAAGAGUUUGGCACAGAAAGGCUGCUCCAGACUGCCACAAGGGGGGCAGUUACAUUUCAAGGAGAGAGGAUGUUAACUGCAGAGAGCAAGUAUGGUUCUUUUGAGCGUUGAUUUUGCAUAAGGCAUGAGUGGUGCUAUUGACUUAUACAGCAAGCUUUUGAUACCAGACACUAGAAAGGAAUAAUUACCAUAGCCUCGAGUACAUUUAAUUCAAUAGUCAUGACCAAGACAUGAGCUGGUGCUCUUACACAUGUAAACUGAAUGUAGGACAACCUAACUCACUGACAGAGUGCACAGCUAUUACAUUUUCAGUGGUGAGUUUUUCCCUUUCCAGCCAUCUGUCCUUAACAUCACAGGCAAGGUAUUUUAAUAGGUGCUACACUAAAAUAGAGCACAAAUAAAAGAAAAGAGAGGAAAUUCUUCUAUUACAUCUCCUUACUAGAGGAAAAUAUUUGGCUUUCAUUUGGUGUGCAGUGAGAGAUUUUUGCCUUGAACUAGGAGCUUGGGAUAUCUUUGUAGCCCUCCACUCUAUUAAAAAUGGUGGGGAAGGUGCUGAACAAUAAAAAACAGAGCUCCACAGAAGAAAAAGUUUCCUGAGUUCCAGGUACCAGAAUUCAGACCUGCUUCUGCCUUAUUUAAUCCAAACAUAGCAUAUUCAUUGUGUCCUCCAAGGAAAAUCUUAUACAUUUCUUCUGUGUUGGACAUUUACUUGAUAUUUAGAAUUCUUUUUUUCACUUGCAAUCCACAACUAGACAGACAAGAGGAACAGAGGUCUGCCUUUUUGGUCUAUGCAGCCAUCAUUCAAACUCAGGGGCAGAGGAUUUACAAAAGGCUUCACUGCCUGAACCCUGCAACUUAUGUAAUGCAAGCAAAGGCAAUGAGCAAACCUCAGCAAUAUUCCUUGUCCAAUGCUUAUUUACUGAGCUAAGGAAUAAUGUGUGGAGCUUCAGGAAUCUUAACUGCUGGAAUGCAAUUGUAUGACUGAGUUCAGAGCACAGGAAAAUAAGAACUAGUCAGAUACUGGCUGCAGGAAGCAGAGCCAUUUUGAGUUGAAAGAUGAGAGGACAGCAGGGGGUUUAUCUCAGAAGAGAGAGUCCUACCAGCAGUAUCUGUUCCCUUUAGUUAGGAGAGCAGCAGCAAGUCCUGGCACAGUGUUGCCGUGGUGCAGGUAUGUGCAUGUACACAUGGCUGGGUGCACACAGGGUGUGCACUGUCUCUGUGCUCCACUGGCUGGCCCUGUAAAGAAACUUCUUCCUAAACGUGCUUGCAUGGAACAAAAACUGAUUCCAGUAUGACUGUGAAGAGGAUGUGUGCUGUCAUGGCCCAGAGUCUUGCUCCCACGCUCUGUGGCCUGGUGCACCCUGAUUUGCCUGGAGUCCAGCACCUGGGCCCACAAGCAAUCAGUGUUUGAACCCCUACUCACUUGAGCUAGGCAGAGGGAACAGAAAGGGUUGACAGGGAGUGGUGCCAUCAUGCUGCCUGUCUCCAUGCCCUCAUUGUGUUCAUGUGCCUGGGGACAUCAACAUUUUGCUCAUGUCUUCUCCCCUAUGAGGAGAGACUGAAGAACCUGGGGCUUUUUGGUCUGGUGAAGAGAAGGCUUAGAGGAGAUCUAAUCAAUGUUUACAAAUCUAUGAGGGCUGGGUGUCAAGAGGAAAGGGACAAACUCUUCUUAGUUGCACGCUGUGAUAGGACAAGGAAUAAUGGAUGUAAACUACAGCAUAAGAAGUUCCACCUCAACAGGAAGAGAAACUUCUUUACUGUAAAGGUCACAGAGCACUGGAGGAGGCUGCCCAGAGAGGUUGUGGAGUCUCCUUCUCUGGAGACCUUAAAAACCUGUCUGGAUGCGUUCCUGUGCUACCUGAGUUAGAGUCUAUGGUCCUGCUCUGGCAGAGAGGUUGGACUUGAUCUAUGGAGGUCACAACCAACCUCUAACAUCUUAUGGUCCUGUGAUUAUGCUGUUAUACAGGACAUGCAGCAAAGGGCUGAGCUGGUGAAGAGGUCUGGGUGGGGCUAGACAGCUUGUGGGGAGUCCCAGUAGUAGAAGCUGAUGGUGGUUGUUCUGCUGCAGUGGUUAAAGGGUAUAGUUCAGCCAAGGACCCUGGUAGGCUCCACAACAGACUGGGAUUUCUUUUGACACUAAACCAGUAUCGCCUAACUGAACUGGAAGGCUUUGCCUCCAGGAACUGGGCAGCCUCUGCUGAGAUGUAACAGAUUUGUCAGAAUGGAGCCCACCCGUGAUGCUGUGCCAUUGCUUUUGUUGUUUACACAUCAUCCGUAGUGUAAGUAGGAAUGCUGGUUUUGCCUCUUCUGCCUGAUUGUUAACGCUCUGCUGCUGUGAAAAGCUAUCCUUGUUUUGUCCAAGGGCUGCUAUGAGUCAUCUGCAAUGCUCCUGAGCCUCGGCCGUACAUGUCCAGUGGAGAGGCAUUUCAGCCACACUGAGAAAACCCACGGUGCUUCUAAAUGCUCCACAUAGGGAUGAUUGGGGUGUGUUUGGAGCAUUCAGAGUGCUGCUAAUGCAACAGAAGUGCCCACUAAAAUGUGAACGAGCCAAAAAAACCCCCACAAGGCUUUCAGCUAACCCACUGUGAGCAGAGUAACUCUUCUGAGAGACUGUUAAACCCUGUUACAGAGAGAGAGAGAGAGAGAGUAGCUGUUGGUAGAGAAGGUGGGAAGGUGGCAUGACUCUCCCUUUGCCAGGAGAGCCAUCACCCAAGGCUGUGCUGACACUUAAAAAGUAUGGCUGGGGGCUGCCCAGAGGCACAAAUAAACAUGUGCCCCUUAGGUGCCCCUGUAGCUUUAAAUGGGGAGAGUUGGUUUUGUUUGUUUAUUUGUUUUCGUAUAUAGUUUUGCAUUUCAGAGCUUGAAGUUGUGUGAGGGCUCCAUCGUUGCCCUUCAGGGUGGGGUUUAUUUUGUUUGUUUGGGUUUUUUUUUUGUGUGGGUUUUUUCCACAUGUGUUUGUUUUGUUUUUUGUUUGCUUCUGUUUGGUUUUGUAGCAUAACAUUGAAGGAGUUGCUGGCCUGAUAGUGGGGCCUACGGACCUGCAGGAUAUUUGUGAGGGCAAAAGCUGCUGCUGGACACUGCAGGGUGGAGUGGCCCACACCUGACAUGGUCUUGUCCACGCAGAUUGUUGGGACAUGGCUGGCAAAUGCUGUCCCUCAAGUCACAUCUGGGCUCUGGUUCAGAGCAUGCAAAUUUGCACAGUCUGAACCCCCUCCCCCCCAAGCUGUAGAUCUGAGCUGCAGUGAUGUAUGGCUGACCAGGGAUCUGUGCUUGGGUCUGCUCUUUGGACCUUGUUUCCUUUAGGGUGUAGGGCAAGUGCAAAGGAAUGGCCCACUGAAAUGUUGUAUGCUUGUUGCCCAAAGGCUGUUUGUUUGUUUGUUGUCCCCAGUAUUGCCUGCCCUGGUGCCACAUGCUGUCAAAUGGCUAUUUGAGUGGUGUGCAUCAAAAGCAAAGCAGGUACUGUGAGGAGAACACUGUCUCUCUGCAGCUUGCCAUAAAAAGGUGUGUGUGUGUGAUAAGGCUCAGGGCCUUGCUGUUAUGGCCUUAUGAUUGCUUAACCACUGAAGAUAGAUGCAUGCCUGCAGGAACCUCAUCCGAAAUGCACCCCAGAUCACUGCUCUCUAGAACAUUUUGCUAGAAGACCCCUACAAAUACAAAGCUUGCUGUCUGGUGCCAAACAUGAGUAAAGAAUAGUUUGUUCUUUUAACUGUUAGCUCUCUUCAUAGAAACUGCUUGCUUGUGCCUUUUAACCAUUUAAUAAUAUAUCUAUGAAUUAAAACUGAAAUAUUGCAAAGAAGCACCAGAGCCAUGAAAGUCUUUAUGCACUUAAACACAUUCCCCCCCCCCCCCAUUCCUAUUAGCACUACUUCUGCUAGAUUACUGCUGAGCACUCUGUAGGAUAUUUACUGGUUUCAAGUCUGGGUGGAAAAAUCAGAGAAAAGAUGUUCUGGUUUACAAAGGCAUUGAGAGCCUAGAAAAACAUGGAACAAAAAUCUACCUCCUAUGUUAAAGUUUCAGUGGAACGGCACAAGGCAGGGUAGGGAAGCAGCUGUACUGAGCCACAGCCAGAGGCUUGAUUUUGCCUCUUGGUGAUUUGAUUUAAAUGUGUACAAAAGUCUGCCUCUUACUGAGCUUCACUCUUGUUGGUUAAAUGGGGAGUUUAAAAUACCAAAGUUUACUUUUGUAAAAGCAGUUUAAAAUUAUUAUCAAUAAAGGAAAAUGCAUCAGUUUCCCAUUA